UGUAACCUCCCCCAUCGCCCCUCUCGCCCUGACAGGCUGAGGAAUCACAUCCACAUUUCGCUCCAGAUGAUCCCGUCUUCCAGGAGACAGGGAAGAGAAAUGUCUAUGAUGGAGUCAGCUCAGGAUUCCCCAUUCCCAAACCUGACCUGAUCGCCCGGCUGGAAUGAGGGGAAGAGCCGUGGGUCCCAGAUCUCCAGGCUGCCAAGGAAAGAGAGAGCCCAAGAGGUACCUGCACAGCAGGUGAUAGGACAGUGAGUGAGAACAAGGAGGAGAAUCAUCAGGAGGAAGUUCCUGGGAAAGUGGAAUUGCAGGAGAUGGUUUUGAGAAGAGCUGAAGGGAAUUUUUCCCAGUGCUUGGAACAGGGAAAUGCCUGGGGGGAUGGACACAGAUCAGAGAUGCAUCUGGGAAACUAUCCUAGGAAGAAACUGGAUGAAUCCAUUCAACGUGGCGGAGGAUGCAAGGAUCCCAAGGAAACCACAGUCCAGCAGACAAGUCACAGUGAAGAGAAACUCUACAAAUGCCUUGACUGUGGGAAAAGAUUCCGUUUCAGUGCAAACCUUAUAAUUCAUCAGCGAACCCACACUGGAGAGAGACCUUACAAAUGCCUUGAGUGUGGGAAAAGCUUUAGUCAGAACUCACCACUUAUUACACAUCUGAGAAACCAGACAGGAGAGAGACCCUAUGGAUGCCUUGAGUGUGGGAAAAGCUUUAUGGAAAGUUCAUCCCUUACGAAACAUGGGAGAAUCCACACAGUGGAAAGACCCUAUAAAUGUCUGGAGUGUGGGAAAAGUUUCAGUUUGCUAUCAACCCUUAAUUCACAUCAGAAAACCCACACAGGAGAGAGACCCCAUAAAUUCUUGGACUGUGGGAAAGGCUUCAUUCAGAAGUCACAACUUAUUAUACACCAGAGAGUGCACACAGGGGAGAGACCAUAUAAACGCCUUGAGUGUGGGAAGAGCUUCAUUAAGAGCUCAGCGCUUACCAAACAUCAGAGAAUUCACAAGGGUGAGAGACCCUACAAAUAUCUUGACUGCAGGAGAAGAUUCAAUUUGACUUCACAUUUCAGUGAUUUAAAUGAUAAAGAGACCUUGAACACGGGGGAAGCUUCAUUUGGUGCUCCUGGAGUAUCAGGCAUCCGCAAAUCCGCACAUGGAAGGAAUCUCUGAGAUGUUCUCAGUGUGGAAAAUGCUCCAAUUGGAGCUAACACCAUGUUGGACAUCGGAGACUCCUCCGCACAGCAGGGAAAUUCUCUCAGGGCCUUGACUAGAACUGGCCAUGGUGACAAACCCAUUUCCUCAUUCCCACACACAUCAGGGGCAUUUGGCUCCCAAGGACCCAGCUGCCCAUCACUGGGGUGAGGAUCCAACAGCAGCCGAGCAUCAGCUGGUCAGUGAUCCUCUGGCUCUGCCUGGUCUCAGCAAACCCCAGGCAGAGGAGGAGAAGCCCCCAUCAGCCCCUCCCCUCUGCUGCAGCCCUGGCUGCUGAGCUGAUGGGACACAGGCGGGGGAAGGAAGAGGGACAAAAUCCUCGAGAUGCUCUCCCUGCCUGGCUGAAGUUCCCCCCUCUCCCUUCCCCUCCCAGCCAGGAUCCCCCUGCCAUGGACAUGAGGAGAAGAACACUUGGUCCAUGCCCCACCUUCACUCUAGACACCUGUCCCCACCCCCCAUCUUCCACCAACCCCUGUGCUGUGCUCCCGCACUUAACUGGAGUGUCCCUGGGAGCUGGUAACUCCUCCCCUCCCCAAAUCCCCCAGGGUGCUGGGUUCUGGGAGAUCAGAGGUUAAGGGACCAGGGUGAUGGGUUAUGGGAAGGAAUGGUGGGGGCUGGUGGAUCUGGGAAUCAGGGGGAGCUGGGUACUGGGGUAUUGAGUGUUUGGGGAUCAUGGGAUAAGAGGUGAAGGAGAGCACUAGGGUAGAGAUGUGCUGCCUCAUCUCUCUCCUCCUCUGCCCCCUAUGCCUUCAGACAGCACCACUGAGAGGGGCUGAUUCCCACAGGGCCUUUUCUUGGAAGCCUGGAUUUCCCACCUCUGCUACACAGCAUCAGCCUCUGAGAGGGAAGCAGCACUGCCUAGUGGAUAGAGCACUGGCCUGGGACUCAGGAGACCUAAGCUCUGUUCCCAACUCUGCCAGGAGCUUGCAGGGUGACCUGAGACAAAUCUGUGCCUUACAGAGAGGGAAUAAAUGGGGAGUGAUAAUAUCAGCCUCCGAGCAUCUGUCUACGGCAGGAAAAGUGGUUGGGAUUAUCUAGGGCAUCUCCUGUAUUCCUCCUCCCCUUUUUCUAGUCUAGACUGACCCUAGCAGUUUAUUUCAACCCCACAUUAGCAAAGUGAUUGUUAGAGUCACUAAGUGCCCCCUUUGCAGUGAGAUUGUCUGGGAAUGAGACAUCCUCUUACUGCUCCAGUUAUGCUGAAAAGCAUUUAAUUUUUGGUGCUGUUUCUCCCUUAUACACCAGCAUUCAAUAGAUUCUAAAAGAGCUGGAGCAGGGAUAGUAAAGAAUGUCGUGUUUUACCUUCUGUGUUAUUGGAGAGGGACGGGGUGAGUCCGGGGAAUUCCCUCCUGCCCCCAUCAACCUCACACAUCUUCUCUGACAGAGCAGCCUCUGCCCAAACUGUGGAGAAUUUAUCCUCUUCCCAUUCUACCCCUCCACCUUCAUCUGUGUCAUUUACCACAGUGUCCUUUGCCCACCAUGCUUAGGAAUCAGGCUUUGACUUCUUUGAUCCUCAGUCAGGACCCUGAGGGCUGGAGAAGAAAAUAUCACAUUCCUGAAGGGGGAAUUCAAAUGAACCCCAAAGAACAGUAUCAGCUUCAACCCCAGCCUCCAACUAUUGGUAAAGUGGCAUCUGGAGUUUUUCCAGCCAGAUCCAGAUCAUUUGCAUAUAGGACAUUUUUGGUGAGGUUUGUCUUUUUUUCUUUUUUCUUUUAUUACAGUGAUGCUAAAACUUUUAUCAAUAACACAGACAAAUAAUGCGGCGGUGCUGAGGAAAGCAGGUUUAGCCUGCUCAGAAGGAAAUGGGUAAAAUUGUUCUCCAGAUUUUGAGUCUUAAGAUUCUCUGGGGUUUCACUUCAUGAACGGGAAAGUGGUUUGUAGCCCACCCUGGUUUGUGGGUUUUUCUCUUUUUGGUGAAGGCUGUUCUGUCACGUGUUUGACAGGAUGUAGCUCAGAUUUCCUGGUGACUUCAAAAGACAAAUGGUCAUUUGCCAAAAUAGUCCUUUCUGAUUUUCUUUUCAUAUUUCCCUAGCUUUUGUCACAAGAUUUUCUUGUCCUUUGAACAAUUAAAAUAAUCAGUAUUUAUCUGCAAAAACACUUGAGGACAAGUGCUGGAUACACACUCCGAGAGUCAGAGACUGAAAUGGGGAAGGAAGUUACUGCCUGAUCCCUGCAGAGAUAUGAGAUAUAGUCAGGACGGGGGGAGUGGGGGUAGGUGGAUAGGGCCUUGAAAGGGCACUGUUUGCUCUUGUGAUCCAGAGAGCUGAGGCUGAGAACUGUGAAUUCACUGCACAUGUCCCAGAGAGAGAGGAAAUGUCCUACAAGUGCUGGGUGAAGUCGUCCUUGAACUCUAAAGGGCUACCAAUGAUGCCCCAAGAGGAGUGAUGUGGAGAGGGGUCAGCGACUCCCCAUUGCUGAGAGGAGGAGGGAGGGCAAAUGCCUCUCAUGGAUUGUUAGCGCUUUUCUACCAGCUUUAACUUGUUCCUCUUCCCUGGGGCGUAUGUGUGGCUGGAGCAGUAAUUUGCUGGGCUGUGGCUGAAAUGCACCGUGCCAAGCUGGGCGUUGGAUU